CACUGUAGUUUUCCUAGUGGCUGAUAAUGGCUCGCCUUGGAGAUACUCAUUUGGCCGUGGCGGCCAUAGAUUUCGGUACUACGUAUUCUGGUUACGCCUACUCCUUCAGACAUGAAUUCAUCAAGGAUCCACUGAAAAUUUAUACUAACCAGCAGUGGCUCGACAGCGAGUCCGGCUUGCUUACAUUCAAAGCUCCAACAUCAAUCUUGUUUGACAAGGAUGGAAAUUUCGAUUCAUUUGGGUUUUUGGCUGAAGAAAAUUACAAUACUCUAGUGGAGGACGAAAAGGAAGAUGGCUGGCGAUUCUUUAGAAGAUUCAAGAUGAAUCUUUACCGUGAAAUGAACAUCGGAGCCUCAAAGCUCGCAGGUCGAUUAGAUCGGGAUCUGAAACUCAAAGACGAACAAGGAAGGACAAUGUCCGCUAUGGACAUCUUUAGUGAUGCCAUUCGUUAUCUCAAGGACCAUUGUCUCGAGGUUCUUGGUAAUGCAGUCCAGGGCAUGAAACCUGAUGACGUUCAUUGGAUAUUGACCGUUCCGGCGAUCUGGACAGAUGCUGCGAAACAAUUCAUGCGAGAAGCCGCAAGUAAGGCGGGUAUAAAAGACCACCAGUUAGAUUUGGCGUUAGAACCGGAGGCUGCUGCUAUAUACUGCAAAGAAAUAAUGGUAAAGGCAAGAGUAGAAGAAAAGAAUUCAAGAGGUUUAUCAGCGUUCAUACCAGGGGAAAAAUUUCUCCUUCUUGAUAUCGGAGGAGGUACAGUGGACAUUACAUGUCAUCAGGUCAUGAAUGACAGUAAGCUGAAGGAAAUACACCCACCCACAGGUGGGCCAUGGGGUGGAACCGUUGUGGAUGAAGCGUACUUCAGCUUCUUACAUGAUUUAGUUGGGCAGAAGACAUGGGAUGACUUCGUAAAGAGCAACAAAAGCGGUAAACUUGACCUUGAAAGAGUAUUUGAAAUGAAGAAGAGGAAUUUGAAGCAAAGUGAGUUCACUUUUAUCAAAGUGGGACAAAGCUUUCUGCAAACUUGCAGUAAUAAGAAUAAAAAAUAUUCUUCUACGGUUGAGGUUAAGAAGGACAAACUUAAACUUGUUAACGGCCUGAUGAAAGAGUUCUUUCAAUUCCCAAUGAUGGCCAUUGUUGAACACCUCGAGAGUCUAUUCAUGAAGAGACCAUUACGCGAUAUCACCAAUAUCUUAAUGGUUGGUGGGUUUUCCGAGUCUGACCUCAUGAAGGAUAAAAUAGAGCUAUCUUUCCCCGGAAAGAAUGUCAUUCGUCCCGUUGAUGCAAACAUAGCGGUGCUGAAGGGUGCAGUGAUCUUUGGACAUUCUCCAGAGGCAAUCUGUGAACGAACUAGCCCAAGGACAUACGGGAUAUGUGUUAGUGUACCAUACGAUGUCGAACUACAUCCCAGGAAAAGUUAUUUUGUCAGUGACGGAUGUGAAAUGGCUAGUGACAUUUUCCAAGUAAUGGUGAAGGCUGGUCAGACUGUUAGGAUGGGAAAGACAAAGGCGGAACACGUAUGUCGUCCAGCACACGCUUAUGAUACCGUAUCUACUGUCGAAUUGUACGAGUCAACCAACGAAUGUCCAGAAUAUACUUCUGAUCCAUCUUGUCGCCAGUUAGGGGAACUAGAAGUGGAAAUGCCGGACACGACCAAAGGUAAAGACCGGAGGAUCGUUGUAGCAAUACACUUCGGAUACACUGAACUGAAAUUUACAGCCACGGAAGAGGGAACAAACCACAAAGCGGAAGCUAAAUUUAAUUGUCUGAGGUAAUGGUCGCUGCAAGAUCCUUCCAUGUAAUAUUUUUAAGUAUCUUGUUUGUCUUAACAGAUCAACCUAUCAGGUGACAAAUAAACAAAUUAUCGGAUUAUCUACCAGAGAAUGUUUCGUACAACAGGGCAAAAAGGCUAAUUCUCAUUUAAAUUUGAUGUUAUACAUGUAGAAACAAUCUUCAUUGUCUGUCUGUUAGCUACACAUUCAGAUAGAAAAAAAUGUUUCAACAUGUUUGAGUUUGGCAACUCCGACAUAUGUUUUUGUUUACGGUAACGGUACCUUUAACUUUAACUAUUGGUAGCGAGAUUUGCAUUUGUUUUACUUAUUUAACAUGACCAAUGCCAAGCUGUGUUUAUCAGGGCUGUUGUACAUUUUACUGGAAAAGAUUAAAUGUAAAAAGGUUUGUUAAAGAGGUAUGGCGCAUAUUGGCCUGUUUCGACCUAACUGUGACCGUUUUCAAAAUAAAAAAAUAAAUGUUUAAAACUGAGUUUUUGAAUACAAACCUUAAAUCUAUAUUAUAUAAAUAUUCUUAUUUGCGAAAAAUGGGUUUGUUCAUUACACUGGGUAUUUCAUUAAAUGACCAUAAAGUUGCAUCAUCGGGCUAUUUGCAACUUUCCGCAUUU